AUGAGCAUCGUCGUUCAAGGAGAAGCUCCUGAGCCUAAAAAAUUUCGGUCAUCUCUACCUACUCAGGUGAUUGUGGAAAAACCAACCUUUACAUACCAGAGUGGAGGUAGCCCUUUGGAUGAUGCAGCAAAUGGAGGCCAAUCUCCUGCGGGUCCGUCUUCAGCCCGUUCGUCCAGUUCUACGUCCUGCAUAAAAGAGGAACGGGAACGAGAUGAUUUGUGCGGAAAUGCUAAUAGCAACAAUUUGCUGUAUCCAAGAAAUGGCCAAAGUCUUGUAGAUGCAUUUUCCACCGCAAUGAUCUUUCAGGCUACCAAUGCAUACAUGAAACAAAUGCAACCUACGAAUCAAAAAGGCCGCGGUAAAUCAGCUACUCCAAGUGUACCACCAGGACCACCAAUUCCGGGUGCCAUAGCAGCAGCGUCAUCGCCAGCUGCAGCACUGUUCAGUGAAGAUGACUGGUCCUGGCAUCGUAAUCCAGCUGCAGCUAUUCGAAGUGGUGGAACCAAUAAGCAGACUCCGGUUUGGAAAUUCUUCGUUUAUAAUAAAGCUGAAAACCUGAGCAGAUGUAUCGUGGGUAAUUGUACGUAUGUAUUGAAAGGACCACAUACUAGUACACUUGCUUGCCAUCUUAAGAAACACCCUCCUCAGUAUGUGGAAUAUCAAAAGCUAAAGGCUAUCUACUCACGUGACCGUCUAAAUAAUAUUAGCAGUAAUUCUUCUCAGAUGUCAGUUUCUCCCGCUCCUGCAUCUUCUGGAUCCGGUGGCGUUGCACAACUGAAUACUUGCAGUAGCCGCAUGAAAACAGCUGGAAAUAGCUGCAACAGUGGUAGCAAUAAUAUUUUGAGAAGUCAUGGUCACGAUAGUUGUUCGUCAGGAAAUGUACUCAGUUCUGUUAGACAACAUGUACCCGUCUCUACUGUUGUUGCAACUUCCGGAAAGCAGUCCACUCAUAGUGUUAGCAACAUAUUGGAUGUUCUAAAUGCAAGGGCGAGUGUGGCAGCUUUAGCUAGUGGAAAUGGUCAUUUGUUACAAAAUCCGAUUGCUGCCAUUUUCAACAAUCCCGAACAAGACAAUGGUAACAGCACUGGUGGCAUUAACAAUACACAAAAUGCAACUGGAAAUUCAUCGCCAAUCAAAAGCAAUAGUUCGUUGGCGGAUGUUUUGACUGCAAAUAUACUAAUGGCAGCGAGCAGUAGUGCGACAGGCAGUGCAAUAGCAAUGGGUCGAAAAUGGAAUCGUGAUGAUCGAAAGCAGAAGGAGAUGGAAGUUAAAUUGGCACUAAUGCUUUCUGCUAGUCAACUACCAUUAAACAUCAUCGAAAAUUCAUUUUUUCGUGAAUUCAUGGAAUAUAUGCAACCGCGUUUCUCGAUGCCGCAUGACAUUAACUAUGUAGAGGAAAUAAUCAAUGCAGAGUAUUCACGAAUGAUUAUCAAUUUAAAAAACCAACUAACCACUGCAAAAAAAAUUGCUGUCAUGAUCGAUGUAUUGAAAUUAAAUACAUCAGCGUCCUCUGCUGCACUUCCUACAAGUGCUGAUGACAAGGAAGAAUCGAAAGACUUAGAGUCAAAAGACUCGACAUCCGUUAAUUCGGACAGUGGUUUCGAAGUAUCCGAUGAGAAUCAAUCUGGCACGGAAUCGCCAAAAUCAUCUGCCAUGCGAACGGAGGAAAUGCGACCAUUAGUUCGACUUUGUAUAUCCGUUGCCUUUUACAGUCCAUUAGCACAACGAGUAGAAGUUGCAUUGCUCGGUGUUCGGCCGCUUGCUGAUCAAUCAAACGUCAUAGAUGCUGUCAAAUCUACAGUUGAACAGAUUCUCUCAGACUUUGAUGUCACAACUGAUAAAGUAUCGCGCUAUCUCUGCAAUGAUGUGUGCGAACUAAUUGGAAUUAAUGUUUCUGCAGAAGAUAUCUUUCCUCGAAUGCUGGAACCGUACAAUCAGAAGUUGACGCAGUCUCUGUUGAACGUAAUAGAUGCAAAUGAAGAAAUUGAAGAACUGAAGAAAAGCUUCUACAGCAUGAUUUUGAAUUUCGUUACAAGACCAAAUGCUAUGCAGUUGCUACAACAAGCUGUUGGACACCCGGUAUCAAUACCCAUUGCCGAUUCAUUUCUUGUUCUUAUUGAUGCUAUUCUCGAACUCAAAAAUGCAUUCCUGUGUGUUUGUACUCAAAUAUCUUUCGAUUACCCAGUCGGAACAAUCAAUGAAUCUCAAUGGCAAGUUCUGGAAAAUGUAUCGAGACUGUUGCGGCUCUUUCACACUCAUAUGAAAGUUGUACAGGAUGGUGUUUAUGCAACAAUUGACGGUGUUGUUCCAUCACUGAUGCAGUUGCAAGUUUCUCUCGAGAAAGAUUUUACGGCUCUUGGGAAUUUAGCAACCCAGUUGAAAACGGAUUUACGAAAGCGUACGGCAUCAAUAUUAGAUAUUACUGCCCCUGAUUUUGAUGGAACAUUCAUUCAAGCAACAGCGUUGAAUCCACAUUUAGCUUUAUUGCUGGAUGAUGAACAGUUAGCAUAUGCCAAAAAUGCUAUCGAGCAAGAGUUAAAUGGACGUAUGAGGCUGGCAGAGGAAAUAGCGGCUCGUCGACCUGCACGGCUAAAUGGUGGAGUUGAUGCACUGCUUGCAACAGUAACAGACCGUGCAGCUGCUGCCUCUUCGUUGGCGACAACUUCAGGUACAAAUAACAGCAGUUCAAGAAAUGGCAACAAGAACAUCAGUAAUAUUGGGAACAGUGAUACAUCACUUUCAUGUCAAAAUAUUGCGACAAGUACUUCUCUUUAUCCGGAUCUUAUCCAUGCUGCAAAUGAACGACGAAAAAUAAUGAAGGAAAGGCAACAAGCUGCUGCUAAAAAUCGUUAUGCCGAAGCAAUAGUACAGUCGUAUUUCGAUGAACUUGCUGCUGGAACCAAUCAGACAUCACCAUCACCACUUGCAAUAGUAACGGGUGCUCUCCCAAUGACAUUAAACAGUCGAAAUUUAGCACCACUGCAGUACUGGCAAUUCAAUACCGUUAAAUACGGACUCUUAGCCGAAAUAGCUACCGAACUACUCACAGUUCCUUCUUCUACUGUUUCACUGGAGCGGAUUUUUGCAACCUCCUCACCGGAUGCACCAAACGGGAGUAGUGCUGAUCUGAAUGGUGUUGGCACGCGUUGUGUCACCUUUGACCCCAUCACAUUGAUCAAAACAAUCGAUGAACCUGCACGAAUGGAGCGUGAUGCAAUGCUUCGCUUCAAUCGAACAUUAAUACCCCGAUUCUAA